AUGUCCUCAGCAAAUAGUAUUGAUCAAGAACUGAAGGAUCUGGCCGAAAAAUAUGGGUUUAUGCGCCCGGAUCGAGGAGAUUUGGAUGAUCCAUCAAUUCCGUGGAAGAACGACAAGCCAGAUUAUUGCAAGGCAGAUUUGCUGUACUUCAAAGGAAAAACCAUGAAUCACAAGCCGGGGUCUCUCGAAAUGAUCGUCGAGAACUUGGUGAAAAAAUGGGAGAUGGAAGCGUCCCAUCUCCCUGACUACACAACCUGGACCACCAUCAACGCAGAGAAAUUCAAGGCCCAGGCGAACGGACAGAAAUUCUUCAGCGGUGAAGAGUCGUCAACAAUCGGUAAUUACAACUGGCUGCUGUCCGCUGCCUCGAAGGACUUAUACGACAGCGAGCAACACUCAUUUGAAAGUUCCCACGAUGUUUUCCGAGAGGCUUUUCCUGAUGGUUUUGCAUGGGAGUUGUUGCAAGUCUUCUCCGGACCCCCAAAGGUCGUCUUUUCCUGGCGUCACUGGGCUAACUUUACCGGGAAGUACAAGGGCAGAGUGGGUGAAGGGCAACUGAUUGAAAUGCACGGCUUCGCUGUGGCUACAGUUGAUGAGCAACUUCUCAUCUGCCAGUUAGAAGUAUACUACAAGCCAGAUGAGUUCCUGAAGGCGAUGGAAGGCAAGAUACCACUCUCUAAUCUGUCAAAAGGGAAGGAGAUAUUUGGGCCUGGAUGUCCAAUCCAUCGUGAGAAGUAA